AUGCUGAGUGAGUCAGUGAAAAAGCAGAGAAUCACUUCAUCAGACAAUUCUUUAGUAAAACAUAUUCCAUGUAAUCAUCUUAAUAGUGCAUCCCUGUUACCAUGGGAGGGUAGAAGUCCACAGGAAAAUUUGAACAAGAAAAGAGGCACGGAAGGAGCCAUUUUAGUUGAAAACGUGAUCGACAGAGCUGUUCCUCCUCAAAAUUUCCAUUACAUUACAUCCAGUAUACCUAGAGAAGGCGUUCCUGAUGCAAUACCCACGGCUUUAGUUGGUUGUGACUGUAGACAGUGCAGUGAUUCAAAUUUUUGUUGUCCUCACAUGGCUGGACAUAAACCAGCCUACACCAAAGCAGGAAAAAUCAGAGCUGACAAAGGCAGUCCUAUAUAUGAAUGCAAUUUGAUGUGCAUGUGUGAACUUGAUUGCGUCAAUAGAGUGGUACAAAGAGGACGAUGUUUUCCGGUGUGUAUUUUUCGAACUCCUGACCGUGGUUGGGGUGUUAAAACUUGCAUGGCUCUUAAAAAAGGUACUUUUGUGACGGAAUAUGUUGGAGAAAUACUUACCGCUGAAGAAGCUGAGAGGAGAGGGCAAGAGUAUGACAAAAUAGGAUCUAAUUAUUUGUUUGACUUAGAUUUUGUUGAGGACCAGUCUAUGUUCACUAUUGAUGCUACCUAUUAUGGCAAUAUAUCACAUUUUUUCAAUCAUUCGUGUGAUCCUAACCUUCAAGUCUAUUCGGUUUGGAUCAAUACAUUAGCACGUCUACCUCACUUGGCUUUAUUUGCUACUCGUGAUAUUGCUAAAGAUGAAGAACUGACAUUUGAUUAUCAAAAUGGGUCACAACAUGUCAGCUACUAA